AUGCCCAUGGUGAAACAGUUACCUAUUGUAGUCUUGAAGGAAUGUUCAUAUGUGGCAGUGUCUCUACGUAGAAUUCAUGUGCCUUUUAUGGGAGGGCUGGAUUUGAUGUGGAUGCCAGUCACAUCUUUCCAAAUGGAGAAGCUGACCACAGUCGGUUUGGUAGUAGGUGUGGCUGCUGCUGGAGGACCUAACACCUACAUAGGAUGUGAGGCAAGACCUCAUCUCUGCUCCGUGGCCAUCACCACUCUGUCAGGCCUAGACUCCCAUCUCCAAACACCCAUGUACUUCUUCCUCUCCAACUUGUCCUUUGUAGACAUCUGUUUCACCACCACUACCAUCCCAAAGAUGCUACAGAACAUCUGGACACAGAACAAAGUUAUCACAUAUGAAGGCUGCAUCAUCCAAAUGUAUUUUUUCAUACUCUUCGCAACAUUGGAUAUGUUCCUCCUGACAGUGAUGGCCUAUGACCGCUUUGUGGCCAUCUGCCACCCUCUACACUACACAGUCAUCAUGAAACCCUUGCUCUGUAGACUGCUGGUUCUGGCAUCCUGGAUCAUGAGUGCCCUGAAUUCCUUGUUCCAAAGCAUAAUGGUGUUGUGGCUGUCCUUCUGUACAGACUUUGAAAUCCCCCACUUUUUCUGUGAAAUUAAUCAAGUGGUCCAACUUGCCUGUUCUGACACCUCUCUUAAUGACACGGUGAUGUAUUUUGCAGCAGGGGUGUAUGGUGGAGCUUCCCUCACUGGAAUUCUUUACUCAUAUUUUAAGAUAGUUUCCUCCAUACAAAGAAUCUCAUCAUUGCGGGGGAAGUAUAAAGCAUUUUCCACGUGUGCAUCUCACCUCUCAGUUGUCUCCUUAUUUUAUUGCACAGUCUUAGGCGUAUACCUUAGUGCUUCUGCUACCCACAGCUCACACUCGAGUGCAGUUGCCUCAGUGAUGUACACUGUGGUCACACCCAUGCUGAACCCCUUCAUCUACAGCCUGAAGAACAAAGACAUAAAGAGGGCUCUGAGAAGAAUCACUGGGAUGGCAGCUAUGUAA